CGAUUAUUACUUGAACAAACAAUAACACUUGAUUAGCUCUUUAUAAUUUACAAAUUAGUUACGGUAUUCGAAAUGGUUCACAAUGUCUUAAUACUACCCGUAAUAGUUUUUCUAAUUGCAACGGUUACAGGAGUGCCUGCGGGAAAUGCGGGAGGUUACAAUGUGGGAUGCGUAAAAUGUCAUGCCCUUGAUAAAAAUAAAAUCAACAUUCACUUGAUCCCGCAUUCGCACGACGAUGUAGGGUGGGUCAAAACCGUUGAUGAAUAUUUUUAUGGAGUAAACUCCGGUCAAGUUAGUGUAUCACUUAUUAUUACUUCAGUGGUCGAAGCACUCAAAAGAAAUCCAAACAGGAGAUUCAUCCAAGUAGAAACUGCAUUCUUUCAUAAAUGGUGGGAAGAAAACGAAGAUUUACGGGAAGACUUUAAAUAUUUGGUAGAUAAUGGACAAAUAGAGAUGGUUAACGGAGCUUGGUCGAUGAACGAUGAGGCUUGUGUUAAUUAUCAAUCAACAAUUGACCAAUUUACUUGGGGUUUAAGGAAAAUUGAGGAAAUGGUCGGAAAAUGCGGCAGACCUCGAGUGGGUUGGCAGAUUGAUCCAUUCGGCCACAGCAGAGAACAAGCUUCUAUUUUGUCGCAAAUGGGUUUCGAUGCUAUGUUGUUUGCUAGAAUGGAUCACGACGAUAAAGACAAGAGAAUACAAAACGGUGACCUAAAUUUUCUAUGGAAAGGAAGUGCAAAUAUAGAUGACAGCAUUAUCUUCGGCAGUUGUUUUCCAAAUUCUUUAUAUAACGAGCCAGAUUGGUUUUGCUGGGAUAUUAAUUGUGGAGACGAUCAAAUUGUCGAUAAUCCUCAUAGCCCUAUAUAUAAUCUGGAAGAAAAGGUAAAAAAGUUUGCCACGGUCCUCCAAAAUUUUAGCACCUAUUACCCCGAAGAGAAUAAAAAUAUUUUAGUAACGAUGGGUGGGGAUUUCCAAUAUCAAGCAGCGGGAUACAAUUUUGGAAACAUGGAUAAAUUGAUUAAAGGAUUCCAAACCUUCGAUACCGAAUUUAAUCUUAUUUAUUCAACGCCAUCUUGUUACAUUAAAGCUGUCAACGAUGCUCGACCUAAUCUAUCUCUGAAAACAGACGAUUUUUUUCCAUACAGUGACAGAAAUAACGCGUUUUGGGCUGGUUAUUUUACUUCUAGACCUACAAUAAAGAGAUUUGAACGAACUGGUCAUAAUAUACUACAGGCUACAAAACAGAUGUAUGCGUUGAGUUCCAGUUUUUCGGACGAUGGUAAGUUGACCGAGUUGAAGGAAGCGAUGGGAGUAUUGCAACAUCAUGAUGCAAUUACUGGCACGGAACAGCAACAUGUUACCAGUGAUUAUGUUAGAAUGUUAACAAAAGCUAUAAAAGAAUCCGAAGAACCCCUUGGCGAAAUUAUUAGUGAAUUUCUGGAAUCAGAUGUCAAAAUGGACCUGUCAUCAUGUUUACUCAGUAACAUGAGUAUAUGUAGUACAUCGCAAAAUAAUGAUAAAUUUGUAGUUGCCGUUUAUAACCCUCUAGCGUGGAAAACGACGCAUUAUAUCCGACUUCCAGUAAAAGGAGGAAGUUACCAAAUCAAUGGUCCCGAUGGAACUGAAGUGUACGAUCUGAUAGAAACCUUGUUUUCAUUCAACUACGUGAAAAUAAAGAAUGAAAAACCGAGCUCGAUCGAACUAGUUUUCGCCGCUAGAGAUAUUCCUCCAUUUGGCUUUAAAAUAUAUCACAUACAAAGAACUAAAAAAGUGAAAAUAACUAACAAGACACGUGUUUCUAAAGUCACUUCUUUUGAAAUGGACCUAGUGACAAAUUUGAUCAAAUCGGUUACUUUAAACGGCGUCUCCAUAAAUGUGAGUCAAAAUUUUCAUUUCUAUCAAAGUAACGAUGGAUAUUCUGAUGCUUCUGAAGUUGCUUCUGGUGCGUAUAUAUUCAGACCAUUGAGAGAUGAACCAUUGGUUUUGGAAAACGCCACAAUUAUAAAACAAUUUUCCGGAAAAUUGAUUGAAGAAGUUCAUCAAAAAUGGAAAAAUGAAUAUGCUGAUGUUUAUCAAAGCAUUCGCUGGUAUAAGAAUGAAAACUACUUGGAAUUUGACUGGAUUGUAGGCAACAUCGAUUUGGAUAAAGUAGGUUUUGGCAAAGAAUUUAUUAGCCGAUUUAACAUCGAUAAUUUUGACAACAAGGAUACCUUCUACACCGACUCCAAUGGAAGAGAACUGAUAGAGAGAGUUAAAAAUAAUAGACCAACGUACUCGUACAAUAGUUCCCAAGAACCAGUCGCGAGCAACUAUUAUCCCGUAACCUCUAGGAUCGUUAUCAAGGACGAAAAAAAAAACCUGGAAGUAGCUAUCCUUACCGAUAGAUCCCAAGGUGGUACAAGCUUAGAUAAAGGUCAACUAGAACUUAUGGUACACAGAAGAUUAGUUUUUGAUGAUAAUCGAGGAGUGGCAGAAAGUCUGGAUGAAUAUGAAUUCGACGGAGGUUUGUACGCAAGAGGAUCUCACUAUUUGGUAUUUGGACCGAUUAAAAAUACUGAUAAAGACAAACAAUCUACUGCAGCUAAAGAACGUAUUCUGGCACAAAAGAAACUGCUUCAACCAUGGGUGGGGCUAGCACCGACCAAUUUUACUUUUGAACAGUUGAAACAUAAAAUGAAACUUUCGUAUGGUGCUUUAACCGCUGAACUUCCAGAAAACGUUAAUAUUUUGACAUUCGAGCCUUGGGUCAAUGGUAGUUACCUUUUGAGAUUGGAACAUAUAAUGGAAAAAGAUGACGAUAAUGUUUUAUCAAUGCCUGCAAAAAUUUCAAACUUAAAGGAUAUAUUUAAAAAUAUAACUGUCACAGAAAUGACAGAAACGACGUUGGCAGCUCAUUUGACUCGUACAGAACUAUCAGAAAGAGGAAAAUACUCAUGGAUUAUGAUAAAUAACUCCUUUAGUACGACCAAUGCAAGAACUGUUAUUAACGCCGAUGAACAAAUUACUUUAAAUCCAAUGGAAAUCAGAACAUUUAUUCUAAAAACCGAAAAAAAGUCCAACUCUGCAAAUGGGCGCAAUUCUUGUUUUAUUUCGUUCGGUAUUUUAUUCUUAGUUUUGUAUUUAUUUUAAAUAAAUAAACAAAUGUAAGUGUUAACUA